UUCCCUCUCCGAUUCCCCCGAUUCCCCCCAAAUCCCCAGUUCCAAUAAAAAAAAAAAAAAGCCCUAGUCCCUCCUCUCACUCUCUCUAUAAAUCCCCGAUUGAUUCCCCAAACCCUAAUAAGACCUCGUCGCGAAAUCCACAAAUUCCACUCUCCGACGCGCUUCUACUUUCUAGGUUUCUACUUUUCUAGGGUUUGGGCGAGGGCGAUGUCGGGGCGGGGGAAGGGGGGGAAGGGGUUGGGGAAGGGCGGGGCGAAGCGGCACCGGAAGGUUCUCCGCGACAACAUCCAGGGGAUCACGAAGCCCGCGAUCCGGCGCCUGGCGCGGCGCGGCGGCGUGAAGCGCAUCAGCGGGCUCAUCUACGAGGAGACGCGCGGCGUGCUCAAGAUCUUCCUCGAGAACGUCAUCCGCGACGCCGUCACCUACACCGAGCACGCCCGCCGCAAGACCGUCACCGCCAUGGACGUCGUCUACGCCCUCAAGCGCCAGGGCCGCACCCUCUACGGCUUCGGCGGGUGAUCGAGCUAGGGUUUCGGUUUUGGUUCCCUAGGGUUAGGGUG